AUGGCCAGCCUCCUCGCCGGCCGCCAUCGGCCCUCGGCCCUCGCGCCGGUGCUGCCGGCGCUGCUGCUGCUGCUGCUGCUGCUGCUGCACUCGGCCGCCCGCGGCGCGCCGGACUUCCACACGGUCUGGCUGCUCGACAGCGACUUGUCCCCCACCCGGCAGGCGGACAUUGUCUUUUGCGACUUCUUCUCCCAGAGACGACUGAUGAUCGGCGGGCCGGAUGGCUUCGACGACAUCUUCUACCAGAAGGUCCACUUCUCGGUGCGCACGGCGCCGGAGGGCAAGCGCCGGGGCGACUUCGCCGACCCGCGCCCGGUGCGCUUCCUACCCGGCGACUCCCUGCCCAAGACCUGCUUCACGGACUAUCCCUUUGCCCCGGGCGGCCCCGCGCCGAUGGCCCUGUAUGCGGGCCUGGUGACCAAUUGGGUGAGCGAAUUCACGUCCCUGGUCAUGAGCCACAGCAUCGGCAUCUUGCUCAAUGAUGACAUCGGCCUCCGGCGGGCAUUCUCCGGGCAAACCUUUGUCAUGGUCUUCGACCGGACUGCCCCCCCGCGCAUGGAGCCCCACAUGCUGAGCCUCGUUGACGGGGCCCUGACCCUGAUCCGGGUCAUGGACCUCUCGGGCAGCGCCGUCAACGACGCCUUCGGCCUGCGCGGCAUCGGCCUGCUGACGGCCACCGACCUGGACGCCAAUGGCCUGGUGGACGCGGUCAUGGUGGCCGCCUCGGAUGCCCUCCACCCGACCGGCCCGCAGUCGGUCUACUGGCUGUCCAACAUCGGCCGGCCGCUCGCCGGCGCCAGCGACCUGGCCGACCUGUCGCUGCUGUACCAGCUGCCGGCCGGCUUCCGCGCCGGGCAAAUGGUCGUCGGCGACUUCGACGGCGAUGGCCACGCCUCGGACCUGGCCGUGGUGUCCGGCGCCGGGUCCACCGCCCCGGAGCAGGUGAUCUUCCUGCUGACGUCGGACCUGGCGGCCCCGGUGCACCUGCUGCUGGCCGACAUGGUCGUUGAUGAUUUGGCCCUGGCCUCGGUGGCCGUGGACCAACGGCAGCCGAAGAUCGCCCGCGCGCCCGGGCUCGCGGCCCCGGGCCAUGACAGCCUGCUGGUGGCCCACGGCAGCCGGGUGUGGCUGGUGCCGGGGCCGGUGCGGCCGGCCGGCGGCCGGCCAUCGGACCUCGGCCUGCUGGAGGCCCACGGGGCCGGCCUGCUGCCGGACUUCCCCACCCACUCGGACGUCUGGUGGUCGGUGGCCACCGGGGACUUCGACGGGGACGGCCAUCUGGACGUGGCCCUGGCCCACGGGUCCAUGGGCGGGCAGGUGCUGCUCCUGUCGCAGGUGGCCGCCUCGCCGAACUGCCUGUGCGGCCCGGGCGCCCGCUGCCUCCAUGGGGGCUUCUUCGAGCAGCCCACCUGCCAGUGUCUGGACCCGAAUGUGGACCCGGGCACGGACUUCGCCCCGUGCGAGUUCUGCCGGCCGGGCUUCUUCCGCGCGACGAACGACGCCCCGUGCCAGCGGUGCCAUGACACGUGUGCCGCGUGCACCGGGCCCGGGCCCGGCGACUGCCGGGCCUGCCACGGGCCGCAGCUGCUCCGCCGCGGGGCCUGCGUCGACACCCCCGAGCCGGAGGUGACGGUGACCCGCUCGGCCCCCAGUGCGCGGGUCUUCUAUGAGGCCACCCCGGCCGGGGGGUUCCCCAUCCCCGGCGGGUCAUUCACUUCGGUCAUGCCCUUCCUUGCCGACGCCCCGAUGGGCGCCUCCAUGGGCACGGUCGAGACAAACGUCCGCCUGCGGCUGGAAUUGACGGACUCCCCCCCGCCCGAGGGGCUGAGCUUCCUCAGGAACUAUAGCGCCAACAGGUUGCUGACCUUCCGGCGGACGCCCCUGCACGGGGGCCUCCAGGCGGUGGCCGAGGCCGAAGCCCCGCUCAACUCCCAUCCCCUGGUCAAGUACAACCAAAAGCUGGCCUUUCUGCCGAACAGCGGCGCCAUCAUGACCUGCGCCCAGGCCAACCUGGCCGGCCAGUGCCAGCGCAUCCAACAAAAUGACGGGCUCUCCCUGGAGCAUAUCACCAUCGGCCGGCUGGCCGGCGAGCCCGGGCCGGACGCCAUCAUGCGCGUGUACAAUGGCCCGGCCUUUGGCUACCGGGCCAUCACCAAUGGCACCCUGCUGUCGGUGCACUGGGCCGCGGUCGACAAUGAUUUUGGCAUCGAGACCAUGGUGGUCCUCGACCAGGAGGUCACCCUCAACACCGGGCCCGACUUCGGCCCGGCCGGGUCCUGUACCCUGCGCUGGUUCCCCUUCCAGUCGUUUGAGGUGUCCUCGCUGCCGGCCCUGCCGGCCGAGGUCCUCCUGCCGGCCAUCCCCUGUGGCAGCCUCAUCCCGGUGAUGCCGGGCCCGGGCCAGCGCCCGGGCUUCCUGCUGGUGCCGCGCGUGCCGGUCCCCCACGAGGGCGACCAGGUGGUGCUGUUUCUCCUGCGGAACACCGCCACCGGGGCGCAGCACAUGCGGCCGGAUUUCCCGGCCCCGGUGCCCCUCCUGACCUUGGGGCAUUUGGCCGACCGGGGCGAUUUCCCGGGCACUGGCCGGGCCCUGGUGGCCCAGUCCGACCCGCUGGUCAUGGGCCCCGGCCGGGCGCGGGUCUUCCUGUGGACCGGCGCCUGGCUGCUCCUGGUGGAUGUGACCUUUGACCAGGGCGAGGGGCCGGCCGCCAGCCAUGCGGUGGCCGUGGCCCAUGAGCCGCUGGUGCCGCGGCACUCCUUCGGCCAUUUUACCGGCGACCCGGUGUACAUGGCCGUGCUGGAAGUGGAGCAAGGGGGCCCCAGCUCGGCCGUGGCCCUGCUCAACAUGCGCACCCGUGUCGGCGCGGUCUUCCACCCGGGCACCCGGGACAAUGGCUGCGGCUGUGGCAUCCUCGGGCAAUGCCUUCCCCCGAGUGCCUGGCAUGAGGGGGUGGCAUGCUCGUCGAACUUCGGGCCCGGGGACAGCAGCCCCCCCCCGAGUGUCGCCACCAAUGAGCACUGCAUCUACUUCCCGACCAGCCUCCGGGUGGGGGACUUGUGCCAGUGCGCCAGCGGGUCGGCCCCGUUGGAUGUGCCGGCCGGCGACCUGUGCGAGGCAUGCCAGCCGGAUGCCAGCGCCUCCGGCACCCCGGUGCAUGCCACCACCGAGGCCGCCUCCGGCCCGCUGGACAUGGGGGCGGCCGCCUGUGACGCCUGCCCGGUCGAGGGGUGCCAGCUGUGCCAGGGGCCCCGGUGCAUCCGCUGCCAGCCGGGGCUGAUGCUCACCGAGUCCGGGCGCUGCGCCGCCCGGUGCGAUGUGCCCGAUGCCCCGGUGCUGAAUGGCCACCAGUGUCAGGCCCCCGGGCCGGGGGACGUCUGGCUGGCGGCCCAGCACAUUCCCCUGCACCCGGCCUGGGCGGCCAUGGAGGCGUCGCAAGUGUCGCCGCUGCGGGUGGCCCGCUCGUCGGCCGGCCACUCGGCGCUCCUGCUCUCGGCCCAGAGCUUCCUGCACCUGUCGCGCGUCCGGCCGGAGGAUGGCCAGCGCGAGGACUGGAUGGUCUCGGUGGCCGGGCUCCUGCCGGACGCGCGGCCGAUCGAGCCGCGGGCCAUUCACCCGGCCACUGCCAUGGACUUCAUGCGGGGCUACUGCACCGGCGGCACGAGCAGCGUCAACAUGCUGGCCGGCACCCGGCCGGCCGGGCGGUCGGCCGGCCGAUUGCCAGCCGGCCCCUGGGCCGGUCCUCUGCCCGGGUGGCUGGCCCCCUCGCUGUUGGGGGACCCCCCGGCCUGGGGCCAGUCCGGCCUGGCGGCCGCCAGCCCUGGCACCCCUGCCCCAGGGGCGGGCCCCCUGACCGGGGGGGCCUCUCCCUCCGCCGGGCGGGCUACCCCGGCCGCCGCCGCCGCCGCCGCCGCCGCCGCCACCACCACCACCACCACCACCACCACCACCACCACCGAGGCUCUGGUCUGGGACACCGUCGACAGGCAAUUCAUCGAGGCCUUCCCGAAGCCCAUGCACUUGCCCUGGUUCGCCGACCUGGCCCGGGCCCCGCCCGAGGGGGCGGGCCUUGGGCCGGCCAUGUCGACCGGGCCCCACCCGGCCGGCCUGGCCAAGCAGGCGGCCGGCCAGCUGGCCGGCUUGGCAACCUUCCUGUUGGCCAUCGGCGGCCCGAUGCCCCCGCCGCCGAGCAUCCCCUCCAUGUAUUCCCGGCCGCUUGGCACUUGCGGCUUCGAUGGCCGGCUGCUGGCCGAGCAAUCUUACGUGCAGAUCCAAUCGUCCCUGCUGGCGGAUCUCCUCGUCAUUUCCACCGAAUGGAUGGAGCACUGCCAGGUGCUGGUCAUCCCGCUGCCCUAUCCCGAAGAGGAGAUCUUCCUCCCGCUCGGGGCCACAUCCUCCGACCUGAUCAGCACCGCCUUCCGCUUGCAGCGCAUCCCGGCCGGCAGCCAGCCCGAUGCCCGCCGUGAUGUCUACCUCCUGCCGGCGGGCUUCCUCAACCUGCACGGGACGGACAGCGACAAGUGCGACUACGUCUUGCUGGAGGUCGGCCCACCGAGCCCGGGGGCCCUGCCACGGCACACACACGUCAGUCUGAUGGGCCUAAUGCUGGGCAGUCUGGCGGCCAUCCAGCUGGGGUCGGUGCGCGAGGUGGCCGCCUGGCACCCGGUCGACCAGCCGGGCAUCCUCCUGCUCCACAUGGAUGGCGCAUGCGUGUGGGCCCUGGAGCCGGAGGAUGUGCACAUCACCAACAUCGCCAUGGCGUCCAUACUCCAGGGGGAGCACUUCGAGCUGGCCCUCCUCCGUGCGGAUGGCCAGGCCGACAGCAUUGUCCUGGUCGAUGCCACCUGCAUCGUCAGGUCGCACGCCUGCCUCUACGGGCCGGGGCUCUCGGACAACACCGGCAGCAGUGCCGGCGGCAGCGCCGGCGCCAGCGCCAGCGGCAGCAGCGGCGCCAGCGCCAGCGGCAGCGGCAACACCGGCUCGCGCAAUGGCUACGGCUGUGGCAUGCACGUCCUCGAGAGCGACCCCAUCACGGAGGAUGUGAUGCUCCAGGUGCACGAUCUGAAUUCCGACAACCUGCUGGACUUUGUGGCCAUCUUCCCGGCCUCCGGCCGGGUGGUGGCCUACAUGGCGCAGGACAACACCCGGCGGUCCUUCCGCCGGGUGGUCAUCCUCCCGGGCCGGAUGGCGGCCGCCACCGGCGCCAUCGGCCCCCGGCCGUCGGAUGUCUUCAUGGCCGAUGUCGACCAGGAUGGCCACAUGGACGUGGUGGUGGUGGACCGGUCGGCCGGCGACGAGCAGACCAGCUUCACGGUGUACGGCCGGGCCGACCAGACCGCGGCCUGGUGCCCGCCCGGGGUGACCUUCGACCCGGUGGCCGGCCGGUGCGCCUGCCCCGGGGCCGGGCGCUUCAUCAGCCCGGUGACCGACGAGUGCGAGUGCAUCGAGCACGCGGUGCCGGCCGGGCCGGGCGCCGUGGACUGCAUUUGCCCGGCCGGCAUGCAGGCCGCCCUGUCGGCAUGGUCCCCAGUGGUGCACUCGGCCUUCCGGACGCAAUUCGAGCCGCUCCUGGACCAGGAGAUCGCCAUUCUGAGCCUGCUGCUGGCCGACGGCGGGUCGGCCUUCGUGUGCCGGCUGGUCGGGUACUCCACCACACCGCACCGGGCCCUGGUGAUGCCGCACUACCCGGGGGUGCUGUCGAGCCUGCUAUGGCCGUCGUCGCUGGCCCCGGCACAGAUCCUCGGCCUGGCGGCGGACAUCGCCGCCGGGGUGGCCUUCAUCCACGCGCACGGCGUGGUGCACAAGGACCUGAAGCCGGAGAAUGUGUUUGUCCGGCCGGACCCGGCGGACCCGUCACGCCUGCAGCCGGUCAUCGGGGACUUCGGCGUGGCCCUGGUGCUGAACCGGUUCUCGGUGAUCCCGACGCUGGGGGACGUGGCGGCCGGCAGUCUGGCGUACGCCCCGCCGGAGACGCUGGCCCGGCUGCACGGGCUGCCCUUCGCCCUGGCCCCGCCGGACAGCAGCGUGGUGUCCCUGCUGAAGGUGGACAUCUACUCGCUGGGCGUACUGCUCUUCAGCCUGGUGGCCGCGGCUCGGCCCUGGUCCGGCACCCCGCAAGCGGAUAUCCUGCGCGCGGUGCUGGACGGCAAGCGGCCGGAUGUGGCCCCGGGCACCGGGGCCCCGGUGCGGCUGGCCGAUGCGGCCAGUGCCGCGCCCUGGCUGGCGGCCUUCCAACAAGCCUACCGGCAGGCGUGGGCGGCGGACCCGCGCGAGCGCCCGGGCGCCGCGGCCCUGGCCGCCACGCUGGCCGACUUGGCGACAGGUUCCCCCUAA